AUGUCUUUCCACCCAAUUCAUGGCCAGGAUCCAUUAAAGGUGCUCAAGCAGCUAGAAGGCUCUCAGCUCAUAUUACCAGUUGUCUCAAUAGGGAAUACACCUCAAUUGGCAUCCGAUUUGUUAAUACAUACGUUGCCUGCGAAGCUGGUGGCGAGACUCGAUGAUAUCUAUUUAUACCCGUUUGCAUCACCUGUGGACUAUGUGAGUGAACCCAAGCAAGGAAUAACAUCGGGCCUGGAAAUAUACUACAGCGAGCAACACCAAGUGACCAUUUUGCAGCAAAGGUCUCCAAUCUUGCCAGGUCUGACAACCAAGUUUCUCAAGGAGUUGAUAGUUCCAUUCGUGCGUAUGGCACAAUUCGGUAAGGUGGUGGUUUUACAGAGCAACGAUGCUGGCCUUCGUGAGGACAAAAACGUGGACCAUGUGUUUCUACUCUGGGCCAACGAUAUUGCCAAAACUUUAGAGACGUUCAAGAUUUCUGAUAACAGCAUAGGUGUGAUCUCCGACAAAUCGGAACUCGAUGGCAUGGGGAAACUGAUAAUAGAUGCUUUUGAGGAUCAAAUUGAAGAAACCUCGAGCCUAGGCCCCGAGGUCAAAGGGUCAUUGAAGCUCGCAAGCACACCUUCUGCGUCGAUCGACGCUAUAUUUUUGUCGAUCUUUGUGUACGAGGGCGACAACUCGAACGAUUCCAAGCAACUGGCUUCACAGCUUCUACGUGUGCUACAUAUACACCAGCCUGCAGAAUGGACAACUCCGGUCUCCUGGCGUGGAGUGUAUGGCAACAAACAAAUUCCUGUUGGGAUGGAGUAUGGUGUGUACACCUAA